AUUUUCGAUUAAAACAAUCACAGCAAACUCGGUGUUCCGACACAAUUUUCACUCCGUAUGUUGCAAAGAUGCAGGAAGUCAACGCUGGCCACAGCUGCAUUCUACGCUACGACUCGGGAACCAAUCUUCCCCCUAUCACUCCAGAAUCGUCAACAUGGACGAAAAUAACGCGCCGAUUGCGAAAAAUCGCCCUCCUCUCGCCGGACCAUCCCGACGCGGAAAUCUUCUUCCGAAGCUUUGCCCAGAUGGCGAACGAGAACAAGCGCUUGGUUCAAGAUUAUCCGGCCUGCAUAAUUCACCCACUGAGCGCCUUUCGGCAGUACUGGGACAUAGUGAUGUUUUUCAUCUUAUCGGCACACAUGGUACUCCUGUCGUUCGUGGUAUCCUAUCUGAUCUACAUGGAUCUGGAGGAAUUUCCGUGGCUGAUCCGGACCGAUCUGGCGCUGUGUACGAUUUUGGCGAUCGAUUUCAUCCUUAAAUUCUUCACCGGCUAUAUCAUCAAAAACACCAAGAGGAUUGUGCUAGAACCUCGGAAAAUUCUGCUGAACAAUUUGAAGUAUCUCAGGGCGGUGUAUAAUCUAAUUGCCUUUGUACCGUUUAUCCUGUUUUUGUACAAGCUAAACUGCUGCUACUAUCAAUCGGAACCUCUGUUUUAUCUGACAUUUGCCAUCCUGCUGUACGCAAUCAAUAUAUUCCGUUUCCGAGACAUAACCCGCUGCUUCGAGGUGAUACCGAAAAUGUUCAAAGCCAGCGAAAUCAAGAUCAUGAUCCUGAAGUUGAUCAUCUCAACGAUGUACGUGAUCCACUGGACAUCCUGUAUAGGCGAUAUCAUACCCCUGCUGGCCUAUUCGACCAGCGAAACACCUCUUCCGAAAUGGAACGAAACUCAGUAUCUGAUAGGAAACUUCCUGGUGGACGUGUACUGGGAUCACUUCCGCAAGCACGGCGAGCAAAAGUAUCCUAUGGUGGUGAGACAGCGCUCGGCAAUGAUCCGAGAUGAUUUCAUGGAGUUCCGGAAAUAUUACGGGACGGUUAAUUUUUCGAUAACCGAAUCGAGGGACCAUCGGUAUGUGCUGAUGAAGCUGGAUGAUGCGUUCCACGAUGAGCCUAUACUGGUGAUGUACAUUCGAUCGGUUAUGGAUGCGAUCCAAGUGGCGCUGCAAGGAAGACAAGUGGACUCGGCUGGAACGAAUGCCACCAACAAUACGAUGACAUGCGCCCUGGUGCUGGUGGGAUGGCUCUGGCUGACUUACAUUCUGCUGACGAUGAUACGAAUGGUUAUCUCGACCGAUUUGAGUGAAACGAGGUACGAUGAAAUUAUCAAUGAGUUGAAUGCUUACGCGUUUAAUAAGCGGCUGGGUGCGGAGUCGAAGGCAAAAAUGCAGCGACAUUUCGCUAAUCGAUUCCGUAUGAAGUACUUCGACGAGGAAGCAAUCCAGGAUACGAUUUCGAACAACUUAAGAUGUAGCAUCCGGAUGGAGACGUGUCAUCACUUGGUGAAUAAUGUGGAACUGUUUCGUAAUUUUCCCCACGCCUUGAUUGAGGGCAUUGUAGACAGGUUGAAGUUGGAACAUUUUCUGGAAAACGAUGUUAUCAUUGAAGCGGGAAGCUUCGGUGAUGCUAUGUACUUCAUUGCUAGCGGAACGGCGGCAGUCUAUUCGGUCGGUGGUAAAGAAUUGGGACAUUUGGUGGACGGAGACCAUUUUGGGGAGAUAUCCUUGCUGAAAAAGGAUCAAAGACGAACUGCAAACGUGGUUGCGCUUGAAGUGUGCGAAAUUUACAAACUCUCCUACGCGGAUUUCCAUAAACUAAUUGAACCCCAUUCAAAUUUGUUGGAGCGAAUGCAGAAGUUGGCGGAUGAAAGACUCGCCAAAAUUCAAGGCGCCAAAAAUAAGGUUUCCGAAGAAGAUGUGUACGAUAAUUUCUUGCAAUAAGCGCAGUUGAGUAACCAGUGUUGCUCCAUCGACGCUAUGAUAACCCUCGCUUGAAAGGCAAAAUGAACUUAUUACACAAUGUAUGUGAACCAGAAAUAAAUGAAAC